UCCGCGGAGCCGGGGCCGCCGCUGCCGCCUGGGACGCGGCGCCGCGCGGCCGGCGGGUGUUUUGAAACCGAGACCCGGGGAUUUUUUCGCGAGCCUGAAGCUACGAUUCGCUUCUGUAUUUUUUUUUUAAUUAAUUUAUUUAUUUGUGUAUCUAAAGGCUUUAGAUUGCGGAGUUUGUUCGUGUGUUUUGGGCGUCGUUACCUAGGGAAAGGUACGUCGUGCUUCUCAAUUUGUAACUGAGUGAUUCCCUCUGGUGUUGCUAAAUCCACGUGUCCGAAAGCAAAAUAAGCAGCUCUGGAAAACAGGGUGAAGAAACUCAGCUCCCUCGGCCUCUCAUGUAUCCUGACCGUUUUGAUGGGCCUCUGCUGAUUUCGUUCCAACAUGUAUCUUUCUGAUAUUGGGGAGUCCAAAACUGGACACGUACUCCAGAUGUAAAAACUAUAUUCUGUCUGAGGACCCUGUUUUUGAUACUUCAUACAUUGACAGGAAUCUCUGUGAAGGUAUAUAUUUAUUCUGGUUCAAGAUGUCUGCCCCAAGACUGGUUUCUAACAGAACCUCCCAGCAGGCCUUGUCUAACUCGGAUUACACUUGGGAGUAUGAGUACUAUGAGUAUGGACCAGUGUCAUUUGAAGGACUGAAGGCUCAUAAAUAUUCCAUUGUGAUUGGAUUUUGGGUCGGUCUUGCAGUUUUUGUCAUCUUCAUGUUUUUUGUCCUGACCCUGCUGACAAAGACAGGAGCCCCACAUCAAGACAAUACAGAACCUUCUGAAAAAAGAUUUCGCAUGAAUAGCUUUGUGGCAGAUUUUGGAAGACCUCUAGAGUCAGAGAGAGUCUUUUCUCGUCAAAUAGCUGAAGAAUCUCGGUCACUUUUCCAUUUCUGCAUUAAUGAGGUGGAACAUUUGGACAAAGGAAAACAAAGUCACAGAGGUAUGGGCCUGGAAAGUAAUAUGCACUUCCAGGAAGUUCCCAGGAGCAGUGGAAGAUUUGAGGAGGACCUAAAUUGUCUUACAAAAUUUAAUAUUCCUAAUUUUGUGAAUACUGAGCAGAACUCUUCACUAGGUGAGGAUGAUCUUCUCAUCUCAGAGCCACCUAUCAUUUUAGAAAGCAAAUCUGUCAUGCAAUCUUCCCAUCAGAUCCUUGACUGA